AUGCCAAUCGACUACACAAAUCCGGAUACAUUAAAAUUCCUGAUAGAAAAUUUCACAAAAGAGAAUGAGCGACGGAUUUUAUGGUUCAACAAAAAUAAGGAAAAGGUCUUGCAAUUGGCUGUCUCAACGGGGAAAAAGUGUUGCACUGAAGACGUUUAUAGGGCCUCUGUUGAACCAUGUAUGACAUCAUUAGCCGUUCAUCACACAAGCAGCGGCGUGAACCGACGACGUAAACCAAUUCGUGAUGGCCUAAUUAACUUAUCCGCAAAAUAUAAUUCUCGAAUAAAAGCCAAGUUGGGCGAAGGCGCAUUAGUGGAAACGGGAGAAAUGCCUAACUCACUUAUGAAGCCAAUCGAAAGCGACGUGUCAGAAGUGCUGUACGAAACUAAACCUGACGGCGGCCGUAUUCAAUAUCUCAGACGAAGAGCGCGAAAAUUACCCGAGGAGCGAUAUUUUUUCUGCGAAACUAGCAAUAACGUGUGUGGGUGGAAAUUAAAUGAGAGUAGGAUGCAGCAAACGACGGAGUACAGACGCGUUUAUACUUACAAACGCGAUGCCCUUAGCCGCUCCGGUCCCCAACCAGAUCCGCCUUAUUGCAUUAAGCCGCUGAAGGAGGAAAAUUUUAAAUGCUCUUAA